UGUGCACAGCCCCUGCCUUAGGGCCUGCCAACUCGAGAAGACUUUCAAAGUGUGUUUCCUGAGCUCCACGUGUGACAGGGUCAGGGACACGGGGAUACAAAGAUAGUUCUGCCCUGAGGAAUCUUACCUCAUAAGGAGACUGGCCUUUGUGGGAGUGACACGGGGAAUGGCAAGUGCCGUAGUGGAGGAAGCAGUGCUGUGGGGCCACAGGACCUCACACUGGCCCCAGACUAGCAGGCGUCAGGCCCAGUAGGUUCCUCCAAGUGGACUCAACAUAGGGCCACGGUGACUUCACAUCCUGCCUUGGAGAGCUCAGCCCACCAGGGUGGCAAUGAAGAUUAGAUAUACAGAUGCUUGGAACAGAAGAUAUGCUCCUAAAGUGACAGUUAACUGUUUUGAUUUUUGAGUCAUUCAACAAUUAUUUAAUGAGGUACCUGCAUGUUCCAAGAGUUACCACAAAGCACUGGGAGAGAUAACACAACAACAACAAAAAAGGACCAUAUAUACUCAAAAACAACGAAAGGACAGGUUCCAUCUUCCUGGAGCAGAGCUUUAGCUGUACACAUGAUGUGGCGAGCCACCUCUACAGGACUGGAGUUACAGAGGAAUCAGGAACCCCUGACUUCAGGCUCUCAGCCCUCCUUGGCUUCCAAGGUACUUCUGUCUCCCAGGAUCAGUAAUGGAAAAGUCCGCAGGCAGGAAAAAGACAACCCAGGCCCCAAAGGAUGAAGUGGUUGUUCAAGAGGCCACUCUCAAAGAAGAGAAAGCAUCGAGUGGGAAAAGGCCAAACAAGAGGUGCACAGGGGCCAGAAAACACCGCAAAGAGCCGACUCUGAGCCCUGAGGAUGAAGCCCAUCUCUUUGAUGCCUUUGAUGCUUCAUUUAAAGAUGACUUUGAGGGGGUGCCUGUUUUUGUUCCCUUUCAGAGGAAGAAACCCUAUGAGUGCAGUGAAUGUGGACGGAUAUUUAAGCACAAGACAGAUCACAUUCGCCAUCAAAGAGUUCACACAGGAGAAAAGCCCUUUAAGUGCGGUGAGUGUGGGAAGACCUUCCGGCACAGCUCUGAUGUCACUAAACACCAGAGAAUUCACACUGGUGAGAAGCCCUUUAAAUGUGGGGAGUGCGGGAAGGCCUUUAACUGCGGCUCCAACCUCCUGAAACACCAAAAAACACAUACAGGUGAGAAGCCCUAUGAGUGUGAGGAGUGUGGAAAAGCCUUCGCCUAUAGCUCCUGUCUCAUUCGCCACCGGAAGCGCCACCCGAGGAAGAAGCACUGAGCAGGCAGUGCCCUGUGGCACUCUGAGUUUGUGCUUAUGCACCAUGGCUUCUCUCAUUCCUGGAAGCCCCAAGGGUCAUGUACAAUGUACCGGGUGUGCCUCUGACUACCUGGCUCUGUCAUCACUAGAAAAAUCCACCUGUCAGGCAUGUGAGCAACUAAGCCAACAGAGGAAAUCUCUGUACCAAGACAGUGAUAACACAGAAGCUCCCCAGACUCAUUGCAACUCCACUCAUUUUCUGAAAUACUCCAUACCACUUGGGGCUCAGCACCAGAGACCAAUGGCACAAGCCCUGGAACACAGCAACACCCAACAGGAGCAGCACCCACCGCUGGUGAGGACCCAGCGCCUCCUACUUCUACAUCAGCCCUUCCGCCAGCACAUCUAAGGACUCUAGCCUGUGGACACUCAGCCCCCUGGCUCUCUGAGCCCAGCCCUAUGCAGCUGAGAAUAGCUGGGACCUCAUGCUGGAUAGCAGUGCUCUGUAGUGAGCUUAGGGGACACUGGGUGGCACCAGUUCUCACUCAUUCCUACACAGCUGGCCUCAGUGAUUGUCCUGUGAUUUGUUUUCCGGCUUCUUUCCUUGGGCUGGAUCACCAGUCCCUGAGUUCAGGCUUUGUCCCCAGAACUGGGCCACAUUGUGUGCCCUUCUGCCCUAGCUGUCAUCUCAAAUGGGCAGCCUGACUCACCUGGAUCAUCUCAUUGGACACUGCCCUUGAACACUGCCACCAUGGGAGAUUUCUUCCCCAGACAGGAAGUGGGACCCAGGGUGCCGUCAGCCCCACCAUUGGCAGCUUUCAUGCACUUGAUGGUCAGACAUAGCUGUGGCCCUUCCCAAUGGUGGCCCUCAGUUAGGACCAAUAGGACAAGACCCAGAUGUGGAAUACCAUAAUGCCGAAUACCUUUCUUGUGUUGGGCCACACAGACACCUACAACAGUGUGUAGACAGCAGGCAGUACCAUGGCCCUCCAGCAGCUGACUGCUAGAGUGGAUCACCCCAGCAAGAAGCUCUGAUGAGACAUGCGUACAAAGGAACCUCAAAAGCAGUAGGAAAGACCCCCACAAUCCUGCAUUCAAGGAAGGAACAGAGAGGACCAGUGUCUACAUGCAGUUCCUUGGGCAGAGGAUGCAACAGAGAGGCGGCUGGGGACCUGCACACUGAAUGGCUGGCCCCGUGAGGUCAGCUUGAUGGCAAGACAGGGUGAGUUCAGGGAGGCCUUUCAGACACAGUGGGCAAAGGCAGGGCCCUUCCUGGUUCCCAAACCAACUUUUCAUGAGUGACCAGCAGUCCUUGCUCACUAUCAGCUGGUGCCCAGCACUAGCUUCGGACUUUAGUAAGGCCACCCUGCAGAGGCAGUUAAGAAACCCAUUCAAUUUUCACAACCUUCUGGACAUCUAAGAUGUUCCCAAGGGGAAACCUGAGACCCCCCUCAACCAAGCAUCAGAGUUCUCGUUGCAGGAAAAUGUUUAACCAAAGCUAGAAACGUCCUAGGAGUAUGAGGUGUCCACAGCGGUUAGGGCCUAUUACCUGGGCAGCAUAACCUGAACCGCAUGUCCAGCAGACACUGUCUCCCAAAGCCUUGACCUGCAGGAAGAGCAUGGCCAGCAGAGCUGCAGCUGGGCAUCACAUGCAGAGAGUCUCUGCCAGAGACCAGGCUUUGAGUGUCCCUCCAAGUGCUCUGUGACCCUCACUUGCAUCUGUUGUCCCUGAAGCCUCAUCCCAGUUGGGCAGGAAGGCAGAAACCAUCUCUUGGGAGAAGCAGGAGGUGAGCAUGUUGGAGAGGGGACCCUCCCUUGGGACCAACAUCUCAGGGACACAAACCCAGCUGCACAGUGCCAGGGCCUCAUCUGCACAGGGAGGGACAAGGCUGACCAGUGAGGCAGACUUAGCCCAGACUGAGUCCACUUGUUUCCUGACAGGCUGUGAUCUCAGAGUGCACAUGAGCUUCGUUUCUAGUGACCUUGCCAGUCCCUCCCAAUUUGGGCACCAAGAUGUAAUUGUUCCUUUUCUGUAAAAGUGGGCUGAGACACCAAGACAUGCUGCACAGGAAGGCAAACCUGGAGGAGGGAGGGGUCUCCUGGGCCAAGGUACACGAUUUGUGGCUUCUGGGGAGACUCAAAAAAAAAGAGGAUAGGGUGGACUUCCAGGUGGUGUGGACAAGGAGCUGGGCCCCUGUGCCAUUAGUUAACUUCAGGUUAGGAUACUGCUCUUAGCAUCAGGAGAGCCUUCUAGAGCCUAGUGCCUCAAGAGGUUAUUUGCUCCUCACUGGUUUCCUCCUCAGUCACUAGCUGCAUGGUCAGUGCACUGAGGACAAGCAGAUUUUCCUCACCUUGACCAAACCUUGGCUGUAGUGACACCCAAGUUGGCAAUGUUGCACUGCAGAUGGCUCUAGAGAAUCUCUGGACCUGCACAGGGUUCCUGCUGCCUCUGGGCCCAGCUGCCUGUCCAUGUCUCACCUCAGCCUGGUUGAGGGGGCUGUUGUUUCCAUCUUUGUACCUCUUCGCUUUCCUGUGGUUCUAACUCCUGGUGUGGCUGAACCCUUGGCAUGUCCUUACAUCCUCUCAUGAGAUGUGUGUCCUGCUCUUAUUUCAAACCGCAGUGACUAGUGUGUUGUGAACAACUUUUGACAGCCAUGGUUAUGGUCUCUUGUGUUGUGGCAGAUACUUUCCUAGUGUGAUGUUUCCCAGUUACAUCAUCCAAAAAAUUUAACUUCCAACUCACCUAAGUUGUUAAACUUUACUUUCAUACAAUAUCUUUAGUCUGUAGUGUGAACAUUGGGACAUUCUAUUUGUCUUUGGCAUAGGUGCCACUUUGUAUGUGGUUCCCUUAUCCUGUGGAUUGCUGUACAGGUCCCCACAUUGCCUGCAGCGACCCCGUGAUACUCAUUAGCAGACACUAACUUUCCUACUGCUUAUGAAUAUUUUCUCACAGAAUAAAAUGUCUAUUUCUAACUCGCUUCCUGUGUUCCA